UUUUAUUUUGGUAGUCACAAACAAAGUGGAUUCAGAAUGAAGUCUUUAUUUGUUAUCCUUUCUUUUGCUGGAAUACUCAUUUCCCACACUGUGGCUGGAAAUGACUACACAUUUGGUACGGUGGACUCUACUGUCGAGCUUAUACAAACAACAACCGUUUUCAAGCCAUUCUUUCCUGGAUUUGUAGUUACUAAAGAUUUUGUUUAUACACAAGGAGCAAACACUCGAACCAUACGAGGCAUACGAAUUACGGACUUAAAAAUGAAAAACGGUGCAACUGCAGAAUUAAUAACUGCAAUUCCUGCUGCAGGCACGACUACGGAUGUUACGAUCCGAUUUACAUCACAACGCAGUUUUGGCAUUAAAAGUAUUGUGGCUGUAUAUGCCGAUCCUUAG